UUUCAGAGGAAGAAGGAUUGAUGAAGAUGAUGGCAACAGCUCAGAAGAAGACAGAGCAGACCAUCCAAGAUUUCAAGUACUGUGAAGUUUGUCGACGUCACCAUUCACAGGGCAGGAAGCAUGUUUACUCCAGAACCCACAGGGAUAAUAUCAACGCCAUCAUCAAUAAGUACGGGAAGAAAGUCAAGACAGCGAAACCCGUCCUAAAGCAUCCAGUGGUUGAUAGUGGAGUCAAUGAGGAAAAUUUCUGGUGUUAUUUCUGUGGCUGCGAGGUGAAGAAACAUGACACAACCACGAUGGCUUCUCUGAAAUUCGCAGGAUUUUUCCGCCAUCUAGCAAGUCAGGAACAUCGCCAGAAGACCUUUUCUUUUUGGUGGGACCACAGGAUAGAAAAAUCCUUGAAAAACAACUUUUUACUGACACAGGAAGAUUAUGGCAGGUACAAAAAGAGACUGGUGGAAGCUGUCGCACAGUGGGAAGCUGGUCAGCAGAAAAUUACUAGUGAACCAGAGGUACCAACUUCCUCUUCUGACCAAAGCCAAGCACCUACAAACCUUAGUGAAGUUAAGACCUCAAGUAAUCAUAGUGAAGCUCAGCAUCAAAAAGUACAAAGAACCACCAGACAGGUCCAAGAACUGCAUAGGAACACAGGUGUCAAACUAAACAGUAAAGCUAUGUAUACCAUAGAAGCACGUGGAGACAAUCUAACCUGCAUACAGCUGCCUAAAGCACCUGGAGCAUGUGGAAACGUCCACACAGGUGCAACACCGCCUUGGCUUUGGAAAGACAAUGAAGUUACCGACAUUUCAGGAGCUUCUCCCAGUAAUGAGAUAGGUCCAACGGGAGAGGACUUACAGAAGCACAAGAAGCAGAAGACUUUACCCGCAGGUCGUGUUGGAGCGACAUUUGACCGCGGUGCGUCGAGCGGCGAGGAAUGGCUGCCGUCGUUCGGGCGGGUGUGGCAGGUCGGGAGGAGGUGGAAACCAUGGCAACAGAAGAAGGGAGGGAGGAGAAAAGCCAGCGCUGCACAGAGUCGACCUGAUCACAGUAUGGAGGAAGUAAAGGGACCUUAGGAGUGUUCUAACCAGCACCCGUCUUUCAACUCAUGACUAGUGCUGUGUACCUAAACCCACAUUUAGGUUCAGGUCCAGAUUCAAGUCCAGACCUAAACCCAUGGCAUAUA